GCCCGAGCUAGGCCAGUUGCGAUAGAACCCCGGAGAAACCGAGAGCUCGAAGUCUUGUCUCCUGCUUUGCUUAAAAAAUCUUCUCCAAUCGAAAUCCGUCUCGUUCACUAUCGUCGCGGGGAAAUUCGUUAUUUUCUGGCUUCUUCCCCCCGCCCCUCUCCCGCCGACGAUCGCGAAUGCAUCGGACCUUCGGUGAGCAAGAGGAAAAAAGGAAUAUUGCCAUUCGUUCGAAUUGGUGCUCGACGCGAGACCAAUCCAAAGAGUGAAACGCUCCCGCGGACUCCUCAGCCUGAGCUACUUCUUUCGCUCCCUCGGCAAUCCACUUUUUCUUACGCCCCAAAGGAUUUUCCGCAAACGGGACGACGCUUUUUGAACUCUCGCUCGAGGAAGAUAAACAGUAGCGUGCAGCCCAAGACUUUAUCAACCAGAUAAAAGCACGACUUAUGCGUCAGCGCCGAGCAGAAACAUCCAGGAUAUCAUCCAGAGGGAAAGGAUCGGUUUACAGUACAGGCGGCGGUGGCAGGACGUUGUCCAGGCAUCGUACAAACAACACCACCAUCAUCGCUCAAGCUCGGUGUAAUCGUUCGUUACGUGGGACCGUAGAGUCGCCGCUAUCUUCGUUGGGAGCGCGGUACAAGGAUUUUAUAAUUGAGAGCACGAGCUUCGGCCAGGCAGCGUGUAUGAUCAUUGAAGACUACCCCCCUCUGCCCACGAGAUCGAGGCAAAACCUGCACCAAGAUACGACCGAACGAUUCCUGAAUCAUUUGGUCCUGCCUAAGCACGGGACCUCAAAAUUUUCCAGUAAUAGGCAUCGGAAGCUUCAGCCGUUCAGAGAAACGUGACUGUCAUCGCUGGGUAGUGCGGCAGGCCUAACCGCAAAAAACGAAAAGCACCCUGACUCGACACGUAUCGUGCUACCAUCGGGUAGCAUCGACUCGAAUAACCGUGCAAGGUCGUCAAAAGACUUUCAAACUGUCGUCGCUGACGGGCGUCGUAGUAGCCUGGAGAUCCGGAAGAACGAGGACUAAGACGUUACCAACCUGAGAGGCGUUAAAGCCGUAGCAACGGGGGAACGAGAGAGAGAAAGGAAGCUGUAGAGAUACGGGGCGUUGCCGCCGUCAUCCAAGAACAAGAAUUCUCGGUUUACGAGCUGAUAUUGUGAUUAAAACAAAAAAAAGCAAGUGUAAAAAAAA